CCGCCUCAAUUUGAAACAGUCUACGCACACCGAACCUCGCGGCACACGCUCGUUGUCCGUUCAUUCUUGUACGAUCUUACAACAAUCUGCUCGUCUCUUGGAACUUAAUCAUUUUUCCUGGUUUUUCGCCUACCCGCUACUCUUGUUCAUUUCGAAUUUGAAUUUGAAUUUUUUUUUUAUUUAAAACUUUUCUCGUCUCGUUUUAAUAUUUCAUUUGCAUCAUAUUCAACAUGACUGUGGAAACGUUCGAAACCAUCAUGCGCCGAAAUAACAUUACUCUGGUAUCAGGCGAAGAGGGCACGAAAGUGGAUACGGCCACCAGCCGCCUCCCCAAGGCUUUCAAGUACAACAUGAUCGUCUCGGCUUUCUUCGUGAUAUUUUUCUUUUGCUUGUUGUCUAACGCUGGAGCCGCUUCCUUGCAGAAUAGAAGAGCAAUAGCGUCAUUGGCGAUAGAGAGUACUACAGCUCCAACCAAAGAAUGCCACCAAAAUACCCCGUGUGGAUGGGCCAUCUACAUACCGUUCACCCGCCGUAUCGAUUAUUUCAUGAAAAACACAUGCAUUUGCAACCCGAACUUGGCGUGCUUGAAGACCGACGAUGAUCUGUCCGUGAACGCGUACGUGUACCGCUGCAAGACAAGACCCGUGACUACCACGGAAAUCAUACCGACGACCAUUUGAGAUUUGAGUGAGGGAUAUGCCCACAGCAACGAAGCCACGGUCAACACCACAACACUGGCGUUGCUUCGUCGCCACUGGACAAGUGAAUUUUUUUUACUACAAUAUUCCUAAUUAACAAGUCUACUCAUGUUCCCGAAAAUAAUUUUCUACAAUUUUUUUUUUAAAUUAGUCUUAAGAAUUAAGAAUAAAUAUUUUUUUAUGCUUUUAAA